UUCAAAUUAUUUAAAUACUUUUGAAGAUUGUAGUGAAGAAGAAAAUUUACAAACACAACUUGAAAAUGAUAUUUAUAUUAGUGAUUUGGAAGAGAAUAGCAUUGAAGUUGAACAAAAAGUAAUUAAACAAAGUAUACAAGAUAUAAGUUUUCAAGAAUCAAUUUCAACAGAUAAAGAAAAUUUGACUAAAAAUUUUGAAUUAUUACCACAAGUUAAAUUAUUUAGUAAAGAAGAAUUAGAAGUUUGA